CAUGCCGCCCCCAGCAAGAGCCCGGCCUGCAAACGAACAAACACCCCAUCUGCCAUGCCCCGCAGGGGUCUACUGCAUGCCGUCUCCGGGGAGGGGCUCUCUCUGGCAGCUGCCUGGCUGGCCUGGGCCCCUCUCGCCACACGUGGGCUGGCCUGCCUGUCCCGUGCCCUCCGCCACUUGUGGGCCCUGGUGUCUUCCCCGUGGAAAAGGCCUGGCAAUGCCUCCGCCUCACUUCCUGAGCCCUGGGAGAGCUGCCCUGGACUGAGGGUCUACCGGGGAGGAGACGCAGAAGCUGAGCUGCUCACGGUCCACACCCGGCCCUACAGCUUCCAGGUGGAUCUGGCCCAGCUGGCGGGGGAGAGCGCCUACUUCCAGGCUCUCUCUCGAUCGGGCAUGCAGGAGGCAGUGGGUGGGCACCUCCGCCUGGACCACGUGCCCUCGCCUGCUUUCCACGCCAUCCUGCAGUGGGUGUUCCUCGGGCGCUUCAGCCUGGCCGAAGAUGAGCUCCUGCCGGCCGUGCAGGCGGCCAGCUACCUCCUGCUGCCUGGAUUCCUGGACCGGUGCCGGCUGGCUCUGCGCCCGCUGCUGGGCCCCCAGAACUGCUUGUCUUACCUGCGCUUUGCGGAGGCCGUGGGCUGCCCUGAGCUGCGGGCCGAGGUGUGCGGGUACCUGAGCACCCACCUGUUGGAGCUGGCAGCGCCCGUCACCCACCAGUUGCCCCCACGGCUGCGAGAAGAGCUGGCCGGGCUCCGCCUGCAGGGCCCCCCCAAGCUCUGCGUCCUGCAGAAGGAGAACGUGACCCGGGGCCCCCGGCAGCAACCCCCCACGCGGGGCCUCUACUGCCGCCCGCUGCCCCCAGAGGAGGGGGGCUGGCACUGCGCCACCCACCUGCCCUUCCAGGCCGACAAGUGGAGCUUCAGCACCGCCCAGCUGCUCAACUACCUCUUCAUCAUGGGGGGCUACCGGGAGAAGCGGGGGGCUCGGGGGUUCUUCUUCCGCACGGCAGCUUUCCGCUACAACCCCCUGACGGGUGUCUGGCACCCCACGGCCUCGCCCCAGAAGCGCCGACGGCACUUCAGCACUGCUGUGGUUGGGCAUCACAUCUACGCCAUCGGGGGCUGGUACCUGGACUCCCUGUUGGCCCCGGACAGCAGCACCUGCCUCUACACAGCCGUCGAGCGCUACGACCCCUGGGCCGACCGCUGGGCCUUCGUCUCCUCCCUGCCCAUGGGGGACUUCUCCUUCGCCAUCUCGCUCUCCCACGACCUGCCGCUCUGCACGGCACACGCCGGGUCCAUCUACACACUGGGCACGGUGCAGCGCACUGGGGAGAAACUCCUUCUGCGCUACGAUGUGGACGCUGAUGCCUGGCAGGAGCUCUUGCCGACGCUGACCCGGGCGGACGCUGACCUUCCUGGGCUCUACUUCCUGGGCGGCACGGAGCCCCUCUUUGUGGUGGGCGGCAACUCUCGCGGCAACGUGGUGACCUCUUUCAGCGUGGCCUCCCGACAGUGGGGCCCCCUCCGGUCUCUGCCCAAGUGCGGCCUGGCCGGGCAGGGCCUGGCCCUAGAGGGGCUUCUCUACAUGGCCUCCCCUGACUUGGGGGCCAUCUUGAUGGUCGACCUGGCUGGGCCCGACUGCGCCCUGCUGCCCCCGCCCCCCUUCCCCCUGUGCUACGAGUCCCUCUUCCUGCUCCAUUUCCCCCCCCAGGCGGCUGACCAGGGGGGAGGGGCGGCCGA